AUGCCCGCUAUGAAGCGUAACUCCGACGCCAUGGACGUCACGCCUAUGGGCAGUCCUACCAAGAAGAUGCGUCUCACUCAACACCAGAAGCAGGCAUUGAUGGACAAUCUACAACUUGAAAUUACUGAGCGCGCACGUAAGCUUCGUGCUCAGUAUGCUCUUCAAGCUAAUGACCUUCGGGCGCGUAUUGAGCGACGCGUUAACCGAAUCCCACUCUCGUUGCGCAAGGCAUACAUGGGGGAGCUGCUCGACAAGCACAAUGCCACGGUAAACAAGCAACAGCACCUGUCGCCAUCUCGAAAGUAUUCACCUGCGAAGGUGUCGCGUAACCUUGCAAGCAUCUCUGUCGACCCGGAAACCUCUGCUACACGCGACGGUCGAACUCGGAGGGCAAGCCCUGAUGGCCACUUCUCUGACAAGGAGAACGCUCCUGCUAGCGAAGGCUUGAACAACCCCAAACGCCGUGUGAAGGCAGGACCUGCCGGCGGGGCUUCGCGCGUGGUGUCUCAAGAAGUGCGAGGCAACGAGAACCGAAUCCUAUCUCCCAAGUCCAACAAUUCGCGAACCUACCCACACUCACCUUUCCGUGCCUCGCCUGAAAAGGGUCAACCAUCGUACCUCUCCCGCCCCACAUCUCCACUGAAGCCUUCUAGUCCGCUGCGAUCGCGCGGUGCCACUGUAUCCGCGGUGAAGGACCAGCGUCCUCCUUCCCGGGCCCAGAAGACGACCAAUCGUGCUGCUACAGGACCUAAGACUACUACUCGCUCGCCUUUGCCACGCCCGGCAACUCGGCAGGCAGAGCGCAGGAAUAGUACCUCAUCUAAUGCAUCCUCGGGUACCACAGUCACAAAACCCACUCGAACUGGAACCGGUGCUAGAAAGGCUACAGCGGCCUCUAGCGCCGCUGCAAAGAAGCCGGCUGCUCCUCGCAUGCAGGCUGCGUCAAUGGCUGUUAAGAAGCCUGCUAACACUCCUUCAAUGCGGAAGACUACUGCUCCUGCUGCUACUGAAAACGCAACUCGAACCCGAGCAUUGCGCAAGCGGAUUUAG